ACCUGGGAGGGAGAGCCCAGAACACAGUGAGGAGACCUGAGGAGCCUCCCUGUCCCCUUGUGCCCUGCUCAUUUCCUAGAGCAGCCAGGGCCUGCACCCCAGGCUCCCCAAAGGCCUACAGGAGAUUGCGCAGGUCUGCCCCCUGCUGGGCACAGAUCCAGGAUGGCUUUUCUUUGGCAGCUGCCCCAAAGGCUGCUCCUGUUGGGGACAACCGCCUUGACUGUGUCUGCCUUGGGGACAGCGGACCUGACGGACCUGUGCGGACAGACCUGGCAGGAAGACGCGCUGCAGCUGCGCUCGCACUCGGCUUCACGCAAGUUCUACUUCGUGACUCCGGACACUGACUGCAUUCUGUGGUUGCGUGCUGCAGCCCCUGAAGACAGGAUGCGCUUCCAGUUCCGCUUCUUUCUGGUUUACAGCCUGUCCUCGGCCAUCCGGAUCACCGCAGCCACCCAGGCCACUGCGGCCACACCAACAACCAAAGCAUCCUCCCGCGACCCGUGCGCACCGGGCUCCUACCUGCAAUUCUACGACGGCCCGCAAGAGGCGCCCCGGGCCCUGGGGCCUCCGAUCUGUGGCCUGACCAUUCCAGCCCCAUUCACGUCCUCUGGGCCCUGGCUUGGCUUGCGCUUGGUCACUAGGGGCCGCCAACCCCGGGUGGACUUUUUGGGCGAGGUCACCUCUUUCCACCUGGGGUCUUGCGGCACCUACUUCCGCUGUCGGAAUGGCAGAUGUGUGCCCCGGAGCCUCCUAUGUGAUGACUGGAACAUGGACAACUGCGGCGACGGCAGUGACCAGGACUCCCGUCCCCCAGCCAGCUGUGGAGGUCCCUCUCUGGUACCCAAGGAGAUGGGGACAUUGGAAGAUAACAGUUCCAAGGCGCUGACUCUUCUUGUGGCUCCUGGUUCCACAGCUGAGCGGACCCCUCCAGAAGGCCUGGCGCCCAUCACACAAGAAGUGUUGGAAGGUCCCUGGCUCUGGUGGGUGGCUCUGGCCUCCUCAAUGCUGCUGACCUGCACUGGCCUCCUCUGGUGCUGCUGUUGCCCAGGUUGGCUGGCCUGGCACCCAGGUGCCCACAGGCUCCGCCUCAGAUGCUGUGCAGCCUGCAAUGUUUGUCACCUAUGUCCUGGCCGGGUGGCUCCUGGGGGUCUGUGGCUGAGCUGGCCGGCCUUCCAGAACCAGGGAGGUCAUCGUUAGGGGGCUGUAGUGAUCAGUUGAUUAGGCUCUGGGCUCUGACAGGCCUGGGCUUUAAGCUCUUUUAGCUGGCUGACUUGGAAGAGGUCACUUGGUUCUUUGACCCUCAGUCUGUCUCUCUGAGAAAUGGACCAUGUCUGGUUCCCAAACAAGGUAAAGGUUGCAGAAAACAGGAGGAUCAGGCCAGCCUGGUCUACAUAUAGAGUUCUAGGACAGCCGUGGCUCCAAGGAGAGACACUGUCACAAAAAAACAAACAAACAAACAAACAAAAAAAACCCAAGCCAUAUCAAUCCAAACCAAAGCAAGAGAGAUGUCUCAGUGGUUAAGAGCACUGGCUGCUCUUCUUGAGGUCCUGAGUUCAAAUCCCAGAACCCACGUGGCAGCUCACAACUGUCUAUAAUUCCAGUUCCAGGGGAUCCAACACCCUAUUCUCCUGGUUUCCUCAGAUAUCAGGUACACACGUGGUAGGGGAAAAAAAAAAAGAAAGACCAGACCUAAGAACACAACAGACCAAAGAAUGAUACAAUCUCUUGUCCUGGGUCAAAUACAGGGAAGGACACCUGAAGUAGGGCUACAGUGAUCACCAGCAGCUGGUGGUGUCCUAGAUGGAAGGGUGAAGCACUUGGGACAGUGUCCUGAUGUGGGGGCCUCAGUGCAGCAGGUCUCCCUGCUUGUCUUUUGUUUGAGUUGCGAACUAUUGGGACCCAGCUCCAUGGCGGCUGGCAACACUAACUGGGACGUUAAACUCAAACUAUAGCAGGGCCUCUCUGCGUCUCGGGCUGUUGCCUUCACCGGGGCCUCUUCAAACCUUCUGUAGUUGUUCUGUGGUACAGCACGCACCUAUAUACCCGUAGAUAUACACAAGACAACGAGACGUGCCCUGAGACGUCUGAGAAUUACCAUUAGUCACUACGACUGGAAGGAGAGGAUCUGAGAUUGCCAAGGGUCAUGUCUGAGAGAGAAGCUGUAGCCAAUGAUAUAUUUUUUGUUUUGUUUUGUUUUUUGUUUUUUUUUCUCUGUUUAGUCCUGGCUGUCCUGGAACUCACUCUGUAGACCAGGCUAGCCUCGAACUCAGAAAUUCGCCUGCCUCUGCCUCUGCCUCCCAAGUGCUGGGAUUAAAGGCGUGUGCCACCACGCCCAGCUGCAGCCAAUGAUAUUUGACGUAGCUUAUAUAAAUUUAUUGUCACUCAAUAAAGCUUGAUUUGUGGGAA